AAACUAGUUUUUUUUAUUUAUUCCGUAAAUGGGACUUUAACUGCGAAAGUUACUUGCGUGCACGUCAAGCACAGAAUUUACAUAAACUAGUAAAUUGGAUGGGAACAUUGAUGGGGAAAUGCCAAUUGGUUGGAAAGCGACUAAUAAGUCCGUCGCCAAUUAUGCGAAAACUUGAGGCUAGAGCGUGCAUCUACGCCAUAGGCAGGGUGGGGGGCGUGUUCAUAGAAAUGGCACUAUGCUGUCAAACCAAAUGUGGAAUUCAACCUGUGAAAAAAAAUUACACCUAAUCUACCUGCCUAGGAAGGAGCGUGAUUGAUGCCGCGAGUCCGGUGUUGGAGAGAUUAGUCAGAGAAGGGCUGCUGGAAAUGGAGCAUCGAUACAGAUGAGCUGCUACCUCAAACCUACAGUAUUCCCCGUCAACCCUUAGGGUGUCUUGCUGUGGCAAUACCUCACCAAGACCUGAACUGGACCAGACUCGCCUGCAGCAUCCAAGCAUUGUGUCUGAGAAUCUCUCAUAAUCAACUGAAAGACUGGAACUUAAAUUGAAAGGAAGUAUUAUCCAAGAUGACUCCCACCACCAUGGAGGCAGCGGACAUCGUUGUUGUGGUGCUGUACUUCAUCCUGGUCCUUGCCAUUGGCUUCUUCGCCAUGAUGAAAGCCAAUCGGAGCACUGUGAGCGGUUACUUCCUGGCCGGCCGAUCAAUGAACUGGGCUAUGAUUGGUGCCUCUCUGUUCGUCAGCAACAUUGGCAGUGAGCAUUUCAUUGGCCUUGCAGGGUCCGGGGCGGCUAGCGGGUUUGGAGUCGCCGCAUGGGAGUUCAAUGCCCUCCUGCUCCUCCAGCUCCUGGGCUGGGUUUUCAUCCCUGUUUAUAUCCACUCUGGGGUCUACACAAUGCCUGAGUACCUGGCCAAGCGCUUCGGCGGCCGACGGCUCAAGGUCUACUUCGCUGCUCUCUCUCUGCUGCUCUACAUCUUCACCAAGCUCUCUGUGGACCUGUACUCCGGAGCGCUCUUCAUCCAGGAGUCAUUGGGCUGGAACCUCUAUCUGUCCAUCAUCCUCCUCAUCACCGUGACCGCGCUGCUGACCGUCACAGGGGGCCUGGUUGCAGUCAUCUACACCGACACCCUCCAGGCAUUCCUGAUGAUUGGCGGCGCGCUAUGCCUAACCGCCAUUAGCCUGGUAAAAGUGGGUGGCCUGGAAGGGGUGCGGACCAAGUACAUGGAAGCCAGACCGAACAUCACAGCGAUAUUAGCAUCCUCCAACUUCACCUACAUCCCCUCCUGCCACGUGGAGCCCAAGCCCGACUCCCUGCACAUCCUAAGGGGCCCGCUGGACAAGGACCUCCCCUGGCCGGGCUUCCUCCUUGGCCAGACCCCGGCCUCCAUCUGGUACUGGUGUGCCGACCAGGUCAUCGUCCAGCGGGUGCUAGCCGCACGGAGCAUCUCCCACGCUAAAGGCUCCACACUGAUGGCCGGCUUCCUCAAGAUCCUGCCCAUGUUCAUCAUCGUCAUUCCCGGGAUGAUCUCCCGCAUCCUGUUUGCAGAUGAGCUGGCGUGUAUCAGCCCAGAACACUGCAUGGAGGUGUGUGGAUCCAGGGCCGGGUGCUCUAACAUCGCCUACCCCCGCCUGGUGAUGUCUGUCAUGCCGGUGGGUCUGCGUGGCCUGAUGAUGGCGGUGAUGAUCGCAGCGCUCAUGAGCGACCUGGACUCCAUCUUCAACUCCGCCAGCACUAUCUUCACCUUGGACAUUUACAAAAUGGCACGGGAGCGGGCGUCGUCGAGGGAGCUGAUGGUGGUGGGACGUGUGUUUGUGGUGUUCAUGGUGGUUAUCAGCAUCGCCUGGGUUCCUGUCAUCAUCGAGAUGCAGGGAGGCCAGAUGUUCUACUACAUCCAGGAAGUGUCUGACUACCUGACCCCGCCCAUUGCUGCCCUAUUCCUGCUGGGCGUCCUAUGGCGGCGCUGCAACGAGACUGGUGCGUUCUGGGGUGGCAUAGUGGGGUUCGGGUUGGGCGCCACGAGACUGGUGCUUGCGUUCGUCUACAGAGAGCCCCACUGCGAUGAACCGGACGAGCGGCCAUCUUUUGUCAAGGACGUCCAUUUCAUGUACGUGGCAGCCGGGCUGUUCUGGAUCUCAGGCCUGGUGACUGUGGUGGUUAGCCUCUGCACCCCUCCACCGAGCAUAGAGCAGGUCCGCACCACUACCUUCUGGGGGCUACGCCAAAGAAACACAACCUUAAACAUAGAGAGAGACGAGGAGGAGAUGAGCAAGCUGAACCCCCAAACUCAGACCCAUGUCAAUGGGAACGGCUGCAUGGACAAGGAGACGACCAAAGACCUCCAUAAUGGUGUCAAUGGGGUGGAGGCUUUAUCCUAUAUGGAGGCUCCAUCUAAUCUCCAAAAUGGCGGCCACCCGACCUUUUCAAGCACCGGAAUGGCAGUAGACCAAGAAAAGCCUUGGGUGGUCUGCUGUGGAGGAGUAGGAGGGGAGAAGGGGAGGUGUGUGAGGGUUCUAGAGUGGUUCUGUGGGUUUAAGGAGGAACCGGCUAAGACCCGGCCCAGAUCAGCCGAGGAGGAAGAGAGGCUUUUGCAGGAGAUGCUCCAGGAGACCCCCAGAACCAGACUCAUCCUCAACAUGGGCCUGGUGCUGGUCUGCUCUGUGGGGGUGUUCCUCUUCAUCUACUUCUCUCUGUAGGAGGGGAUCUCAACCUGUGACAUACACAAUAUAGUUUAUAUGUAAUAUGUCUGUCUACAUGUGACAUCUAAAGAAGUGUUUCUUAACUUGUGUUUCCUACGCCACCCCAAAAGUUCAAGCCCAGUGAAUCAGGUGUGCUUCAGCUGGCCUAGAACAAAAAUGUCCAACCUUGGUGGUACUCCAACAUGGACUCAGGGGUAGAUGUAACAUAGGAAACGUAAAUCUAGUAUGUAAUGUUACAUUUCGUAUGGUACAGUGCCUUAAAGUAUUCACACCGCUUGACUUUUUCAAAAUGUUGUUACAAAGUGGGAUUAAAAUAGAUGUAAUUGUCA